AUGCCAAUUUCAAGAAUUGCAAUUGGAAGUCCUUCUGAAUUUGGCAAAGCUGAUGCACUCAAAGCUGCAUUAGCUGAAUUCAUUUCAAUGCUCAUUUUUGUCUUUGCAGGAGAAGGCUCUGGCAUGGCAUAUAAUAACAAUCUUGAUAUUGAUUACAGCUAUGUCACAUCAUGCACAACCAUGCUUAAGCCUUUCAAAGAUAUGGAUCUGGAUUCUAUGUUGCAAUUUACAAUCUUGACCGUUAAUUUGAGAUCAGACGACUCAAAUUGCAUAAUAACAAAAUCAGUUGAUUUCCGCUGUUGA